UUUUCAAAACCAAGCAAAAUCAAAAUAUUAUCGAUUUCGAUUUGGUUCAUAUUUUCACCCCUAGACAUAAGCGUCAAAUGCUCAUAAAUUUAUUCAUUGGAUAUUGACAGUUUUGUUUUUUCACCAAUGAUUGACAGUUAAAUAAGUUAAAAAUUCUCUCCUCCAUUUCGGGAACUGCUAAUGGCGUCGGUGUUCAAUGUGUUCGUGUAUGGCAGUCUAUUAGCUGACGACGUCGUUCGUGCACUUCUCAAACGCGUCCCUCCAUCUAAUCCUGCUAUUCUCCACAAUUACCACAGGUUUAGCAUUAAAGGGCGUGUUUAUCCUGCCAUUCUACCCGUAGAAAACAAGAAAGUUGCUGGGAAGGUUCUUUUGGAUAUCACAGUUCCUGAAUUAAAUAUCCUGGACAUGUUUGAGGACGUUGAGUAUGAAAGGACGACUGUUGAUGUUUCACUGAUGGAUAGUUUCAAGACAUUGCAGGCUGAAACAUAUGUUUGGGUUGACAAGAGAGAUCCAAAUUUAUACGGAGAAUGGGACUUUGAGGAAUGGAAACAGUUGCACAAGGGAGACUUCUUGAAAAUGACGAUGGGGUUCAGUGAAGAACUGGAGCUACCAGAAUCAAAAACCAGAGUGGCAACUUAUGAAUCCUUCUAUGCACAGGAAGAGAACAAGUCCAAGCCUUGAUGUAGUUGAUGAGUAAGUGUAUACCAAUAAAAGAAUAAAGAAGCCUUGAUGUAGAAAGUAUGGAUAUUCAGUCUGCAAUGCAGAAGUCUUCUCAAUCUAUUUGUAGAUAGACUUAUGUAAACUUCAUAUAAUAUUUGUAGAUACUAGAUAGUAGGAGUAUUCAAAAGGGGUAACAUAUUUUUCACUUGUGCUCUAACUAAAGCAGGCAUAUGAUUGAACAACAGCAUUUCCUGUCAA